AUGAAAAAAUUCAUUGUUUUAUCAUUAUUCUUGAUUAACGUACCAUCCGUAUUGUCCGAUCCAACUCUAUGCAAUAACAUAGUUCAUAGCGUUUCAAGUGUCGCGUUUGGAAAUUAUUUAUCCUUCUCUAGUGGUAUACUUUUGACUUUCUUCAACAAUCCCUCCAAAAAUGAUACUUCUUUAUUUGCCAAAUUAAAAAGAUCUUUAGUACAAACUGCAGUCUCACAAUUAAUGGCAGUAUUGGCUCUUAUGACUUUCAUGACGAUCAAAUUCUUCAUAUUAAAUAGUAUAGAAUUACCUAGAUUUCUUAAUUUAUGUUCUCUUGUUAUGUAUGGUUUAUGCGGGGCAACUACUUUAACUCAGUGUAUCCCGAGUAAAUUUAAAAGUGUUCGCAACACUAUUCGAGCCGGGCUCUUUGUUCCAAUCUAUAUUGAUCAAAUGAUUUUUCAAAUCUAUAUGAAACUCGAAUUUUCACCUCCUGGAUAUAUGGGUGUGUUUCAAUGGAUUAGUAUUCUAUCUAUGUUACUCGCCCUUCCAUUGUUAUACCUCAUUAGAAAACAAGACUAUGCAAAUGAAAAAACAAUAUAUGCAUUCGUAUAUCCUUUUGUGAUUCAGAUUUACUUGCAUGUUGGAUAUUUAUGCUUUUAUUUAUACUGUGACGAAGGUUAUUUAUCGUCAACAUUGUUAUUAUUCAGCGGUUUUGCACUGGGUAAUGUUAUUCACAGUGCUUAUUACUUGGUUUUCCCGAGACGGAGAUAUGAAGUUCCCGACAAAGGCGAUUAUAUUUAUAAUCCACCCACUAAUAAUGAUUAUUUGUACAGGGCCAUUGCGUUAAGUGACUACGACGCACAAGAUGAGAAUGAGCUGUCAUUUUAUGAAGGGGAAUCACUAGAAGUUGGUUAUAUUGAAAGUAUGUGGUGGCCAGCAAGGAAUAGUCGCAACAAAGUUGGUCUAGUCCCAAUCAACUACCUGCAAAUCAUUCCGAAAGAUGGUUACCAUAUGAUAUAAGUACAGGUCCAAGGCGC